AAAUGGUGUGGCUCUAAACAGGUCUCCCAGAAAUCCUAGGGAAUGCUGAAAGCAAAAGGAGUGAGUCAUAAGCACAUGAGCUGAAAGAAGCUAAAGACACAAUCAUGCAUCUCUGCUUAAUUCCAUCACAUGAUGAGUCCUGGGGCCCUUCAUUUAAUCGGAGAGCAGAGCAGCAGAGAAACUUCAUUCUCACUUCUCAGUGGGGACCAGCGGAGUUACCGUGUGCAGGCACCAGGCACCCACCCUCUGCGCGGGCUGAGCUAACGCAGGGUCUCCGGCACCAUGAGCGGUGUUCGCCGCCACCUCGGAUUCCUGCUCCUGGCCGAAGUGGUGCUGUGUGCUGCUGCCACACGAUUUCAAGAUGUGCUGAGCCAUGAAAGAACUUCUCCUGUUACACCCUACAAGAAGUUACAAGGCUGGUCAAGUGAUCAAAAUAAAUGGGAUGAAAAGCUUUAUCCUUUCUGGGAAGAAGGUGAUCCCAGAUGGAAGGACUGCUGGAAAGGUGGAAGAGUGACAGCCAAAUUGGACACUGAUAGCCCAGCACUGGUAGGAUCCAAUGUGACCUUUGUUGUGACUCUCCAGUUUCCCAAGUGCCAGAAAGAAGAUAACGAUGGCAACAUAAUAUACGAGAGAAACUGUACCCAGGAUCCUCCAGCUUCCCAGGAUCAGCAAGUCUAUGUCUACAACUGGACUGAAUGGAUUGACAACUGUGGCUGGGAAAACUGCACAAGCAACCACAGCCAUAACGUAUUUCCAGACGGGAGACCUUUCCCUCAUUAUCCUGGCUGGAGGAGAAGGAAUUUUGUCUACGUGUUUCACACAUUUGGUCAGUACCACCAAGCAACUGGACGAUCUUCCAUAACAUUUUCAGUCAACACAGCAAACAUCACUCUUGGCAAACAUGUAAUGGCAGUAUCCAUCUACAGGAGGGGGAAUUCAGCAUACGUUCCCAUUGCAAGAGCAAAAGCCUUUUACUUUAUAACAGACAAAAUCCCCAUAUUUGUGAGUAUGUACCAAAAACAUGACCGGAACAUCUCAGACUCCAUUUUUAUCAAAGACUCACCAAUCACAUUUGAUGUGAAGAUCCAUGACCCCAGCUACUAUCUUAAUAAUUCUGCCAUCUCCUACAAGUGGAACUUCGGAGAUGGAAGUGGCUUAUUUGUAGUCAGCAGUUCCACUACAUCUCACACCUAUACUCUGCAAGGAAACUUCACUCUGAAUGUAACUGUCCAAGCCAUUAUACCCAUACCUUGCAGGCCAGUAACACCCACUGCACCACUGCCCACUUCAGCAGUAACGACCGGAGCAUCUUCUAAUUUAGACUCUUCUGCCACCAUUGAAUCAAUGGAAGAUAAUCCUGAUGGAGGUUGCCAUAUUUACAGAAAUGGCUACUACAGAACUGGUAUCUCUGUUGUAGAGGGAAUCCUUGAGGUAAAUAUUAUUCAGAUGACGAGCAUCCAGAUGACAGAAAGUCAAGCUGAAAACUCACUGGUUGACUUUGUUGUUACCUGCCAAGGGAGCCUCCCCACAGACGUCUGCACAGUAGUUUCUGACCCCACAUGCCAGGUGUCCAAGAGUGUAGUAUGCGACCCCAUCGUUGUCACUGACGAAUGCCUGCUCACCAUCCGGAGAGCUUUUGAGGAACCUGGAACAUACUGCAUAAACAUCACCCUGGGGGAUGACACAAGUCAAGCCCUUGCCAGUGCGCUAAUCUCAGUAAAUGGAGGAUCAUCAUCAGGAACAACAGAAGGUGUCUUUAUCUUCCUUGGUUUGUUGGCAGUGUUUGCUGCCAUUGGGGCUUUUGUCCUCUACAAGAGAUACAAGCAAUACAAGCCUAUUGAGAGAAGCACAGGACAAGCAGAGAACCAGGAGGGACUAACUGCUUACUUCAGCAAUUUCAAAGCAAUUUUCUUCCCUAGUAGCACUGAGAGAAAUCCUCUGCUGAAAAGCAAACCAGGCAUUGUUUAAACUUUUUUUUCUCACACUGACUAUUAGGUUACGUACAGGACUCAUAACUGACCUGUACUUUGAUGGGGUUUUCUUGCUGUUAUAAAGAAGCAGGGGGUAAGGUGAAAGCACAUAUAGAUGGGAUGGUAACUUUGGGGGUGUUGGUGCAAUUAGAAAUAUUAAAAUAGUCCUUCAUAGAAAACAAUGAGGUAGUUUUGAGCACUUACUGUUCUUGCUUGUGAUCUAGAACAUAUUAACACGCCCCUCCCUUAUCUGGGUUUUCUUACUUCUAGGUUAACUACCUGCAAAGCUAAUGAGAUCUAUAAUCUGGAGGGGGGGGAGGAAGAUUAAUUUUAAACAAACAAACAAACAGCUUGUAAAUACUUAAUCUUAAAUAGUCAGUCCAGUAUAGCUGCUUACUGCCUUAGCAGGAUUCAUGCCUUUGCUAGAAAGACAGACACAGGGGGCAGGCACAUGUUAUGUCUGUGGAAUGAAACGUGACAUGGCCUAUUCCCAGGCAUUGACACUGUUACACUGUUCAGGAGGUCUAGCCCAGUCUUGCCCCAGGCAGCCUAGCUCCCCACCAAGCAAACCCCAGAUUCUGGGAACCACCAGAGGCACUGUUCCCCACCAGGAGUUUGGCAGCAGCCACCCUGUUUUGCAGGGUUCAAUAGCAUGGAUGCAGCUCAUUACAUGCCAGUUGGCCUCGGGAUCAGAAAACAUGGGCUGGACACAUUUAGUUUCCUACUGGACAUGGCUACCAGUACACGAGCUUCACUAUAAACUAGACCACAGACACCCGAGCAACAAGAUGAGGCCCAUCUGCUUGGCUCUCCCUGUUGAAACUUUUAUUCUGAGUUCCAUGUAAAGUGCUUAGAUGCUGUCUUUGUCUCCUUUGUUUCCAUUGGUCUUGAGACACUGAACUGGCACCACCACUCCCGAGAGAGCAGAUAUGUGCUCCGUGUACAAGGGUCAGCAGAACGAGGGCUCCAGCAGGAAGGAGUAGCAUUCAACUCCCUUUUCCCCUUUGCCUUUCAUUCCUCUCUCUCCUGCUGUAAAGAUACAUUAAUUUCUGCUUGCUCUUCCAUCCCUCUGUCUUUGACCACUUAACCAAAUAUAUGAAAACCUCAAUAUAAAUAAAGCACUAUGCUCCAGUUUCUGCUUUUGUAUGAUGCAGGUUAGAAAGUAUAAACUUCUGCAAAACCAUUGUGCCUCCCCUUGUUCACUCUAGCUGCAAUUACGUGUUCAAAAACCUCAUGUUGUGGCCUUUCCCAAGUGGUUUGGUCUUCUAGCCAUCUGUGCUCAUCAUUCUGCAUCGUGGCAUUUCACAGUGCAAGACCAGAAGCUAACUGCUGAGGGUGGGAUUACUGGAUGAGGAGAAAAGGAGGGCAUCUUAUUUGUAGAAGGGAAGAGGUUGCUAAAAAGGUUCAUCGAGAUGAGAAAACAGACCAAAAAUGCUUUAAAUAGUUCCAUAAGAGCCUUGUUGUUGAUAUUAAAGCUUAUGAUCAAUGUGAAAUUAACUUUCAGUUGGGGGCUGAGCAAACAACCUUAUAGAAUCCAUUUCUAGACACUGAAUUCUUUGAAGAUAUAUAUUUCAAUAUAAUUAGCUUAUUUACUGUGUCUUGGAACAUCUCUGAUACAAACUGUUCUCAGUUCCUGAGGUGAUACAUAAGCAUAGUCAUAUUUUCCUGGUAUCUUAGCAGACCUGUCAAAUGCUUGUUGCUUGCAAUCUGAAUCUAGUCUUCACUACCACCUCCCCAGUGUGCAUGGACACCUUUAAAUGACUUAAGGAUAUAAAAAAAGCAGAUUCAAACCUACCUGUGAGAUUAGUUCUUUAGCUGUAAAAUUCAACAGCUUCUUUUCUUUCCAGGUUCUCCAAUUAUUUUAAUUCUUGUGUGGCCAUUUCAGUUAUAUUAUUAAAGGCAGCAUAUUUGCCAUUCUUCUAUCUUCCUAUAUACAUAACAGCCUAUUGUCUAACCAUAACUGGGCAUCUAAAACUAUUCUCUAACUUAAACAGAAAACACUUUUCCUCUAAAAAUUACUGCCUGAAUAUUAUGUCCUCUGUUAUAAGCGAGGCUGUUGACAGAAAGGACCAUAAUUUCUAUUCGUUGCUCUAGCUUGAGGCAGGAGAGGGGUUUAGUAGAAAGUUUAAGAUGACCUGUAAUGCAUGAAAAAAAUUAAAUCUGUCACAGCUAUAUAACACGAUCGGUGAUGACGCAGGCUACCGCUGACCUAGGCUAUAUGCAGAAAGCUUCUUGUUUCAACAAAACACUGCAUGUUAGGAGUUCAGAGACAUCUUAAGCUUUUGCAUAGAGAACAGAUUUUGGACAUACUUGAAGAACUGUUUUAUCCUUUAACCUAAGUAUACAGAAUGGCUUGCACUAUCUUCCUUCAAAUAUCAUGUCGGAAUAUUAAAUUUUUAUAAGUUGAUUUUACCUUUUCAGCUGUAACUUCCAUUUCAUACAUCUUUACAUUUAUACAAUGGAAUCUAACUGCUGCAUUGACAAA